AUGCCUGUAUUUCCCAUCGGUCUCGCACGCAAUGGUAUUGUGCCAGUUGCCUUCGUCCUGAACAUAACGUUGCACUGUUUCGCACGCCUGGUGGAGCGAUUAUCCGGCUUACCUACUGGAUUAAAGACGUACAACCCAACUUUCGUCGCGCUGGUUCUGAAUCUUUUCCGCGAAAAUGAGACUGGACAGGACAAGCAAAAGCAAAAGCAUGAGGAAAAGUCGAUGUCGCGAUGCAGAUGA